CUCCAUCUACAACAAGGCAUCGCGAAAACUGCACCCGUAGAAAACAGAACCAUCACACGUGUCAGCAAAACUGAUGAUGGAGACGGUCGUGGCCAGCCUCUAACUUCCCUCCUUUCCUUCCUUCCCGUCACCGGCGGCACGUCUGCGCCCGCUGUCGGUUAAUCCCCUCGCCGUUUUUGCGCGCAGCGCAGGGGCGCGCGGUUAAUUAGUCAGUUCGACACGCUUUCCCAAUUAUAAUCCGUUGAUUUCUUCAUGGUGCGACCACCGAUCCACCGUGGGGGAUCAUCGAGCCGCCGCUGCUGAUUCCGUCCGCGCGGGCGGGAGAGAGCGAUCACCGAUAAUGGCGCAAUCCGUGCGGUGCUGCUGCUGGCUCCUGGUGCUGACGCUGGUGGCGCUCGGCAUCACGGCGGCCGUCGUGUUCGUCCGCCACAAGAACGGCGGCGGCGGCGUGCCGGGCUCCGUCGACCCCAAGUACGCCGAGGCCCUCGCCGUCGCCCUCCAGUUCUUCCAGGUCCAGAAAUCCGGGAAGCUGGUGAAGAACGAGAUCCCGUGGAGGGGGGACUCGGCGGUGGACGACGGGCAGGAGGCCGGGCUGGACCUGUCCAAGGGGAUGUACGACGCCGGCGACCACAUCAAGUUCGGCUUCCCCAUGGCGUUCACGGCCACCAUGCUGUCGUGGUCCGUGCUCGAGUACGGCGGCGCCAUGCGCGCCGCCAGGCAGCGGGACUCCGCCCUGGACGCGCUGCGCUGGAUCAUGGAUUACCUCCUCAACGCGCACCCCUCCGACGAUGAGCUCUACAUUCAGGUAGGCGACCCUGAAGCUGACCACAAGUGCUGGGAGAGGCCGGAGACGAUGUCGGAGAAGCGGCCGCUGACCAAGAUCACCGCCAAGUCCCCCGGGAGCGACGUGGCCGCCGAGACCGCGGCGGCCAUGGCGGCCGCGUCGCUGGUGUACAAGCCCAUCGACGGGACCUACUCCUCGUCCCUGCUCCGGCACGCCGAGCAGCUCUUCGCCUUCGCCGACCGGCACAGGGGAUCCUACACCCACACCUUCCCCAAGCUCAGCGCCUACUACAACUCCACCACGUACCAGGACGAGCUCCUCUGGGCCGCCGGCUGGCUCUUCCACGCCACCGGCAACGGCAGCUACCUCUCCUACGCCACCGGCGAGAACGGCCAGGAGUUCGCCGACCUCGGCAACCCCAGGUAUUUCAGCUGGGACGACAAGCGCCCGGGCACCCAGGUUCUUUUGUCAAGGGUGAGCUUCUUUGCCUCGCAAGGAUCUGGCAUUGAGCAAGAUAGUCUUGAUGGGGUUGAGUCGUACAAGCAGACCGCCGACGCCGUCAUGUGCAUUCUCCUGCCGGACUCUGAGACUGCCGCUCCCAGAACAGAAGGGGGGUUGCUGUAUGUAGCCGACUGGAACUCGCUUCAGCACCCGGUGGCCUCCGCCUUCCUCGCCGCCGUUUACAGCGACUACAUGCUGACCUCCGGGAAGACGGAGCUCAGCUGCGGCAGCCAGACCUUCUCGCCGGCCGAUCUGCGCAAGUUCGCCAAGUCCCAGGCCGACUACGUGCUGGGGGAGAACCCGAUGAAGGUGAGCUACCUGGUCGGGUACGGCGACAGCUACCCGCAGCAGGUGCACCACCGCGGCGCGUCGAUCCCGGCGGACGUGGACACGGGCUGCGGCGGGCAGGAGUGGCUGGAGUCGCCGGAGCCCAACCCGAACGUGGCCACGGGGGCGCUCGUCGGGGGUCCCUUCAGGAACGACUCCUUCGUGGACAAGCGGGACAACGUGAUGCAGAACGAGGCCACCACGUACAACAGCGCGCUCAUCGUCGGCCUCCUCUCCGGCAUCCUCUCCACAUCCCCCGUCGCGCAGUCCUUGUCCUGAUCCAUUCAUUCCGUCUCCUGCUCGAUUGCUAACCGACUGAUUCCUUUUGUGUAUAUAGCCGUUAUAUCCGAACUGAACUGAACACUGAUCGAUCGAAUGGUAGGGUCAGGCCUCUCAAUCUA